AUGCAGGCGCUAAACAGCCCUUAUAUUCCACCUUUGGAAAAUAACAAGACACGCCAGCCUGCCCCAUCAAAACGAAAUCAUAUCACGCAUCCAGAAUUUCCGCCGUCAGAUCCACGUUUUGAUCGAUCCAAUAUAUCCGAUGAGGAAUUCAUCGGACGAUUGAUAUUUGAAAACAAGGAGUUGAAAAGCGUGAUUGAGUCACAAGAAAAGACGAUUGCUGAAUUACAACUGCAAUUGAAAACUCGCGAUAUCUCCCUACAAGUGGCUGACACAAUCAAAUCAAAUGGAACUUUAGAAAAAGAGGACGCAGCUAUCAAGAAUAAGGGGUCGGGGCUUUUUAGGAUACAAAAACCGACAGAUGUAUCAUCUGUUCCAGAUAGCAUCGAUACGUCUCGCCAAACAUCAACAACCAACAUCAACGACACACUAGUAUCCAAACAUGCAGACAAUUUGAACAAUUUGCAGAUUGGACUGAGAAGUGAAGAUAAAUUGGUUGAUGUCAAUAUCGCAUCGGAUGAACCACAAUCAAGUUCACCAUAUGAAGUUCCCAUGAGGUCAUCUAGGAGAAGACACAUCAAAAAUGAUAUUGGUAAGCAGUUAGAGGAUAGUGCAAACUCACCUACACAUGACACAUUUGGAUCAUCAAAAGACUUAUCAUCUACCAGCAAAUCCUUGGCUUCAGAUGCAACUUCAACUGUGUCAGCGGAGGAUGUAAAGCAGGUACAUGAUACAGAAGUACAGGAUACAGAGGCAAAUUUCCAAGACGAUUCUAAAAGCAUACAAUCAAGUGAUCCAUCAGUUAACACGUCUGUACCUGGCUCAACUGGACAUGGCACUGACAUUGCACAACUCGAUAACGACAUCGCAAUGGUUAGUCAUCAAAUGAAGCAAAGUGAUUCUGUCAAGUCAGGCACUGGCGUCACCAAUGCGGCGUCAUCUCAACUAUACGUGCAAAAUAACAAGGCAAGAAGGAGUACAAGCAGCGUUGCGUCCACGUAUAAGUCAUCAAGAAUCAAACCUCCGGGAUCACAGCGUGUGAUAUCGAACCCCAAAAAUAAUUCCGAAUUAGUGCCUCCAUCUGUUCCUUUGAAGCAGUCACUCAACGAUAAGAAUGAUUCUCAUGGUAAUAUUUCCUUGUUCAACACACCUCCCAAUAACGGCGUGCCCACUUUUGCAGGCAAAGAUAGUCCCUUAACUCCUGAUUUGGACAAUGAAAGCAAAACGGAGUCGUUCUCAUCCGCAAAAUUGAGGAUUGAAGAUGAUGAUCUACCGUCAAGACCAGAUUUGUUUCUUUCGUCAUCGAAUACUGUACUGAGUCAAGAACUAGCAGCUCCAUACGAUGCGUCGCAGAAUCCAAAUUAUUCAAGACCCACUUAUCAGACACCGACUUCUUCCUCGCACAAUGUACAUCUUUCAAGUCCACAAACACCCGGGUCCAGCUUUAGCGUUUUGCAUACGCCUAAAAUGGAGAUGGACGAAUCAGCUUUGUUCAUCAAACCUGAAGAGUUCCAUACGAUAUUUAUCAAGGUUGUUAGCACCAUUCAUGUAACGUCUUUGACUCAGCAAAACUCAACAAAGAAGACAGAAGAGCCCAAAAUUACAAUGACAAUAAAUGAUAGGGAAACAAAUAAGGAGAUGUGGCGGAUUCGCAAGACUCAUGCUCAAUUGAUUGCAUUCGAUCAAGAAAUAAGACCUAUUGUGGAGUACUUUGGCCUCGCGAAUUUACCUGACAAGUCGAGUUUCAUAUCCACCACACCAAGCAAAAUUGAACACCGAAGGUCGAUUUUGCAAAAAUAUUUUAACUCCAUAUUUGUGAUGCCACAUAUCCCACGUUUGGUUCUAUACAAGAUUUGCACUUUUUUGUCUUUGGAUUUUGUAAAUCCACUCGAUGACUUCAAGAGUGGAUCGAGAAAAGAAGGCUUUUUGGUGCGUAGGUACAAGGGUUUAGGUAACAGCUGGAAAAUAAGGUGGUGUCAGAUUGAAAAUCAUUAUCUUGAGAUUUAUCCAUUCCCCGGUGGACCACUUCAGGAGUCAAUUCCCUUACGUAAUGCACAAAUAGGACGACAAGCUACAGAUUCGGUUGCAGAAGAUAAGGGAUACCGACAUGCAUUUUUGAUCAUGGAAUCAGCAAAGGCGUCCAAAAUACAUGCAACAACAAGUAAACACUUUUUCUGUGCUGAGACUGACGAGGAAAGAGAUGACUGGGUGACAGCUUUGAUUGAGUUCACCGAGCCAGCGCUGGAAUCAAAUGAAUCGUCGCCUCGUAACACAUAUGUGAGUCAGGAUACUGCAACCGACCUUGACAAGAAAUUCCUGUAUGAUAGUUACAGUCAAAGUAGCGAGUCUGCUUAUGGUAAUCGUUUCUCCGGAGCUGACCAAAGCAAUACCACCGUUGCAUCUGCUUCUAGUGAGGACCAAGCUAAGAAAUCGAAGCUUCGUAAUUAUUUUUCAUUCCGGAGCAAGGACUCAUCAAAUGAAGAUCAACAGCAAGCACAAGCACAAGGGUCAGAGCAACUGCAACUGCGGCAACCAUACGAGUCAGAGAAUCAUCUACAAUCAGUGUCUUAUUCGCAGUACGGACCACCGAGACAAACCAACUAUACAUCUAAUAGUUAUUACUCACCUUCGCAACCUCCUAUGCCUAACCAAAACUCAAAUAACUCUAUGCAACAGUAUCUUGACGAUUUGAAUAUUGGCAAUGAUGUCACCAAGUCCAUCUUUGGCCGUGAUAUAGAGGAGGCGUUUGAAUUAUCAUGUCAUGAGUACAUGGGUCGCGAAAUCCCCAGUAUAUGCUACCGCUGUUUGGACUAUUUGAAUAAGACUGGUGCGGUUUUUGAAGAAGGAAUAUUCCGAUUAAGUGGAUCAGCAUCAACCAUCCGACAAUUAAAAGAGAUUUUCAACACGCAGUAUGAUUUGGAUUUAUUUCAAACCCCAUUGAAACCUGACAUAAACACAGUUUCAGGCUUGUUCAAGACGUAUUUGCGAGAGUUGCCAAAUCCCAUACUUGGUGCAUCCACUUAUAAUCAUUUAAAUCACAUUAUGCUCAACAACGCACAAUCAUUACAACCAUCACAAAUUGCACUCAUUUUUCGCGAUUUUCUUAACGAUUCAAACAAUAUAGACCGGAUUAACUAUGAUUUGUCUUACAUCAUAUUCAAGUUCCUUAGGCAAAUCAUCUCCCAAAAUCAGAUCAAUCGGAUGAAUUUGCGAAACGUGUGUAUCGUGUUUGUACCAACGUUGAACAUCAGUCUUGAGGUAUUGAGCACCAUAUUGAUUGAUUUCGAGUGCAUAUUUGAAAAUGGUAAACCAAUCCUGGAUUCGAACAGAGAGGUAUUAGAUUUGCACAUCCCAAACUUUUGA